AUGAAGACUUCCGCUGUAGCUUUGUUUGGGGCUGCUACUGUGGUCUGCGCCCAGACAGCAACGACCACUGAACCCUCGGAUGCUCAGAUCUCUGCCAGCGCGGCUGCCAUCAAGCCAUUGUCUCCGGUUUCCAACGUCAAGGGCCUUGCUUUUGACCGCUUUUACCAGAUCUGGCUGGAAAAUAUUGAUUAUGAAGACGCGGCUGCAGACCCUAAUAUGAAAUGGCUAGCAUCACAAGGACUUACCCUGACAAACUAUUACGCUCUCACACACCCCUCCCAGCCAAAUUAUUGUGCUUCGGCCGGAGGAGAUACAUUUGGAAUGGAUAAUGAUGAUUUUUACCAAGUUCCCGCCAAUGUAUCUACUAUAGCCGAUCUUCUCGACACUAAGCAUAUUUCCUGGGGGGAGUAUCAGGAACAUAUACCUUAUCCUGGGUUUCAAGGAUUUAAUUAUUCGAACCAAGAGACCUACGCCAAAGACUACGUGCGAAAACACAACCCCCUCAUUCAAUAUGACUCGAUCACAGAGAAUAGUACCCGGCUGCGCCAGAUCAAAAGUUUUGCAGAUUUCCAAGAGGAUUUGGUCAACGAGAAGCUCCCUCAGUGGGCCUUUAUAACCCCCAACAUGACGAAUGAUGCUCAUGAUACCAACAUUACUUUUGCUGCUAAAUGGGAGCGUAGCUGGGUAUCAUCAUUGCUUGAGAACGACUACUUUAUGAACAACACGCUGCUGCUUCUCACAUUUGAUGAGGAUUCCACAUACCCCAAAAGCAAUCGACUUUUUAGCAUUCUUUUGGGCGGAGCCGUCCCUGAAGGGUUAAAAGGCACGGAGGACAAUACAUUCUACACACACUAUUCGAUGAUUGCUUCUGUCUCGGCAAACUGGGGCCUCCCAUCCCUUGGGCGCUGGGAUUGCGGAGCUAAUCUUCUUGAUCUUGUGGCCGAGAAGACAGGUUAUGUCAAUUACGACGUGGACACGGCGAAUCUUCAACUCAAUCAUACAACUUCUGGCCCUCUCUCAGCAGGAGACAUAUCAGAGUAUACCCCGAUCUGGCCUAUUCCGUUGACUAACGCCAAAUGCUCCGCGGGUCACGGAAUUCUUGACAUUGUCAAGAAAACCUAUGCCAACACCGAACCAACGUACAACUACAGCAGCCCUUUCCCAUACGAUACAAAGAUUGGUUACAAUGUGAAUGUCACUGCGACUAGACAAAAUCCGGACCGUCGACACCGUCUGCCUUGA